AAAAAAAAUAACAACAACCCCACUUUCUUACUACCCGUAACAAUUUUAAAUUUAAAAAAUGGUUAAUAAUGAUAUUACCGUAACUGUAGAAGAUGACUACAAGCAAAAGAGCGGAAAGGCUAGAUAUGAACAAAAAGAAGUUAAGGAAUUUGAUGAUAUGAAUCUUAAGGAAGAUUUACUCAGAGGAAUUUACUCUUAUGGUUUUGAAAAGCCAUCAAUUAUCCAACAACGUGCCAUCUUGCCAAUCACUACUUCUGAACCACCAGCAGACGUUAUUGGUCAAGCCCAAUCUGGUACUGGUAAGACUGCUACUUUUACUAUUUCAUUGCUUCAAAGAUUAAAUAUUUCUCCUGAUGUUAUCCAACCACAAGGACUUGUUUUGGCUCCAACAAGAGAAUUGGCUCAACAAAUCCACAAGGUCAUCAUGUCAUUGGGUGAAUAUAUGAAGGUUAAAGUACACGCUUGUGUUGGUGGUACUAAAGUUCAACACGAUAUUGCCAUUCUUGAAGAAGGUGUCCACAUUAUUGUUGGUACUCCUGGACGUGUUUUCCACAUGAUUCAAAGUGGUCACUUGAACGUUAACAGCAUUAAGAUGUUAGUUAUCGAUGAAGCCGACGAAAUGUUGAGCAGAGGUUUCAAGGAUCAAAUUUAUGCCAUCUUUAAGAAUCUCCCACAAGAUAUGCAAGUCUGUUUGUUCAGUGCUACUAUGCCAACUGAAGUUUUGGAAAUUACUGACAAGUUUAUGAGAGAUCCUAUUAGAAUUUUGGUAAAGAAGGAAGAAUUGACAUUGGAAGGUAUUAAACAAUUCUACAUUUCAGUUGAUAGAGAAGACUACAAGUUUGAAACUUUGUGUGAUUUGUACAAGGUUUUGACUAUUUCCCAAUGUGUCAUUUUCUGUAACUCACGUAAAAAGGUCGAACAAUUGGCUGAACAACUUAACAAGAAGGACUUUACUGUCUCCUGUAUGCACGGUGAAAUGGAUCCAAAGGAUCGUGAAUUGAUUAUGCACGAAUUCAGAACUAGUGCUUCUCGUGUUUUGAUUACUACUGACUUGUUGGCUCGUGGUAUUGACGUUCACCACGUUUCCUUGGUUAUUAACUUUGACUUGCCACGUCACAAGGAAAAUUACCUCCACAGAAUUGGUAGAUCUGGUAGAUAUGGUCGUAAGGGUGUUGCCAUCAACUUUGUCACCAAAGAUGAUGUUAGAUCCUUGAGAGAAAUCGAAAAGUUCUACUCUACUUCUAUUGAAGAAUGUCCUAACAACAUUGCCGAAUUGAUUUAAUUUUGUAAUAUCCCUCUAUCAAAUGGAAUUUUCCUUUUGAUAAUUUUAACCUUUUAAUUGAAUUUAAAUUAUCUCCUCUCUCCCCUCAUUAUUUACACUCUAGACAAUAAACACACAACCCGUUCCAAAUU